AUGACUGGACGCCCCAAGGGCCAUGAGGGAUCGACCGACAAAGACGAAGACGUGCAACGAGUUGAAAUGAUGCAGCCUGAAAGGAGAGAGAAGUACGGCAGCAAGGAAGAAUCCGGCAGCACCUCAACUUCACUGAAGGAUAUGUUGUCCUCCUACCACAUGCAAAAUGCACGCAUCCUUACUUUCAAGGGGGAGAGCCGUGGAGAAUAUUGGGACUACUGUAAUUAUGUAGAUGGAAUUGAGAAUUGGAGCUAUCGGGGCUUGGCAGGACCCCAAUUUUGGAGCGACGAAUAUCCCAUGUGUGGAGGGAAGAGACAGUCACCCAUCAACAUUGCCACCGCGGAGGUCAAAGGGCAAUACCCGUGGACUCCAUUGAGAGUGAAGGAUUAUGGCAAGACCCCCAAGUCUAUGACGCUUAAGAACACUGGUCACACAGCCCUAGUGACCAUUGUGCAACACCCUAACCCGAGUAUACUAGGCGGGGAUUUAUCUGGAACAUACGCCUUCGUUCAGUUCCAAUUCCACUGGGGCACCAACGACACCUCGGGCUCUGAACACACCAUUGACGGCAACCGGUUCCAAGGAGAGCUACAUUUGGUCCACUACAAGACGGCGUACGGCAGUUUGGUGAAGGCUAUGAAUCAUGAGGAUGGUUUGGCCGUAUUAGCGAUCUUCCUCAGUGUUGGUCCUAAACACAACCCCAAGUUCAAUAAACUCUUCAAAGGUCUAGCCAAGGUACAUUACGCUGACACCCAGAAACAGAUCAAGCGCUUCCCGCUCAAACAUCUGUUGCCAACCUUCGUGAACACGUUUUACCGCUAUAAGGGUUCUAUGACAUACCCUCCCUGUCUUGAAAAUACCGUGUGGACCAUCUUCAAGGACCCCGUCACAAUCUCCGCUAAUCAGCUAACACGGUUCAGGAAGCUGACUGACGAUCGAGGAAAACCGUUAAAGAGUAACUUCCGUCCUGUGCAGCCGGGAUCUCUAAUGGUGAUGGGGGGCCGUGAAGCACCGUUCUGGCUCUACCACGGUAAACAAGUGUCUCUGGUCUUCUCUUAUCUAAGCCUGUUAUCUCGUUACCUGUGUCUCUGGUCUUCUCUUAUCUAA